CACCAGCCUCUGUCUUGCUCGCAUGUACCAACCAUUGUCCAGCCAAAAUGGAUGGCGGCGGCAGCGCUAAUGGUCCUCGUGCUUGCCACUACCACCAACGUCAAGAGAUCAAGGUAAGCCCUUUGAUGUCCAGGCCUGCCAAAUACAUGUCAUCUGCAAUGUUCUAUGCGUUGUCAGCAUCGUUCCGCCGGCUGAGAUAUCUCAGCGUCUUCUACUUACGCCGCAGAAUUUCUAGGGAUUUCUUACCAACAUGAACACUACGGACCACCACCUACAAAGUGACACAAGGCAUCAUCAAUCGCUCUUUGUCCAACAGGACGAACACUACAACAACGAACAGACCACACGCCGCCGCCGGAUAUCACCAAGUCGCUCAGAACGGCCUUCACGUUUCGCCGGAGACGGGCUUGACUUCCGGCGCCCAGUUAUGUCUCAAUCUCAUUCGCAGUACAUCGACCUUACUCGCGAGGACAGUUCGAGGUCCGCGGAUAGCAGAACAGAUGGAUUGCGUCAAUUACGAUCAAACCUGGCCUUGCCCACUGCACGGGCACAGAGGCUACCCCGAUAUGAGCGGAAUAUUAUCUCGAUAGGAAGUGACGCGGAAGAAGAGGAAGAUGGAACGAUUCGCCCCAUGCUACAUCCGUAUCCUUUUCCACGUAGAGAAGAGUCUGAUACUCAGGGACCUCCUCAACAUUCUAUGCUCCGGCAGCCAUCUCAACGGGGAACAGCGUUGGAGGGACGCACCACCCAGGAUCACUUACAGCACACUGGAUCAACUCACAGAUCAUCAUCGCGCAACGCAGGAUACACAACGCCCCAACCUUCAUAUGGCGACAAUACCGUCAUAGACCUAACGGACGAUAAUGAUAAUGACGACGAAGUAGUGGUAACCGACACACGCUACGUGGGAAGAGGAGGAGAUCAGCUUGGCCACCCGGAUCCCGGCAUGCGCGACAUGCCUGAUUAUGCAAUGGCAAGAUUUAUGCCGCGGCUCUAUGAGCGAUUUAGGGAUUUGCAAACUGUAGAAGGUCGCAGUCGCCGCACGAUGCCUCCUCUUCCACUCGCCGACUUCUUUCGGCGGCAUGGGCCGCCUAUUCCGCCAGCGCCGCAACCACCGCCAGCGGCCGAUCGAGUAGUGGAAGGCUAUCGCAUGAUGAGGAAUAUGUUCACUUACGAUGCGCCUGCGUUUGACAUGGGUCUUCCUGGAGGUAAUCGAGUGCCUUCACCGAAAUACGAGCCGCCUAAGGACGCUGCGCCAGGCUUCACGCGAACGCCUGGCGAAGAUGAAGUGGUGGUAUGCCCAAACUGUGGAGACGAGCUUGCUACAGGACCCGACGAAAUGAAACAAGAGUUAUGGGUCAUAAAAGCUUGUGGUCAUGUUUACUGCGGAUCCUGUGCGCGGAGCGGUUUGAAAGCUCAAAAGUCUUCCAAAUCAGCGGGUAAAGGCAAAGGAAAGGCGACGGAUGACUUUCCGGGACUACCACCCUUGAAACUUUGUGUUGUGAAUGGUUGCGACUCGAAGAUAUCUAAGAGCACCAUAAUACGGAUAUAUAGCAGCUAGUUGUGGGCGGCUACAUGUCAUCUCCCCUUUUUUCCAAUUGCAUGCUCUCGCAUUCGAGGCUUUUGUCGAGCUUCACGUUCUUCCGGCGAAGAGGGCAGGUUUCUCGCUCCGAGCAUGAGAAGCCCGGCGGCCACGCUCGAUUGCCGUCUGCGAUAAAUCGAUUUGUUGCAAUCAUGUAUGGAUCACAGCACGCUUUAUUGAAAUUAUACAGCAUUUGAGAAAUGAGGAAAGGAAGUCAAUUGUCUUUGAG